UGGCAUUACUUGCGCGUCCAUUGCAAAAAAAAAAAUUCCUGCACAGAGUUUUCGCUACAAUUAACUGACUCUCCGGGAAACUCGUGAUGUAGGCCGCUAAAAAAGGCGAUUAAUGGAAAAGUGUAAACGUAAUAAGUGUAAAGAUUGUGGAUGUAGUGUUUAUUUGUAAUCGCAGUGCCCCAGAUUUCGCAAUUGCUUAGCGGCUUUUCACAGCGUUCGCUUCGGUAUUCGUUUUCCCCGCACCCAAGCCGCAUUUGAGACGCCGCUCGGAAAAUGUUCCUGGACGGCGCUAGGCUGCGCUACGAGGAUGAAAAUGGUGAAACGGUGGUCCUGCCGGCCAAGGGACGCACCUUCCUGGUGGGCUCCUACCUGACCUGCGACCUGUUCCUCGAGGGGCCGCAGGAUGAGCGCCUGGUUUGCGAGAUAAACUGCGACGCCUUCGGCAGGGUCUCCAUCCACAACAAGUCCAGCGUGGACCCUGUGCGCCUCAACGACCGAGUACUCCAUGGCAAUGGCUGGCGACCGCUGCUCCAUGGCGAAAAGAUCACCAUUCUGGGCAAGGUCUACACCUGGGAGUUCCCCAAAUCCUCGGCCGAAACGCAGGAUGCCCCAGGCACCCCAGAGCGCCAGCCGCUCAACGAGCCAGCCCCGAAUUCCUGCCCCUCGAUGAAGCCAUCGCAUCGGCCGCAGCUCGAAAAACGUUUGACGGUCCACAAUUUUCAGUACUGCAUCAAUUCGGAUGACGAGGGCAAUACAUCCAUAGAGUUGGAGGAGAAUGUCAGCCUAAAUAUCUCCACUCCAUCCAACGCAGUGGCAGAGGCGUCAACCUGUGUGUCGCCGAAAGUGAAUCUUCUGGAGGCCACGCAGAACAAGGAGAACACGGCAACGCCACCGGGCAGCCAUAAGAAGCUGCUGAAGCUAUGCGCCCUCUCCGACGUGGUCAUCACCUCGUUUUCGCCGCGCGAAACAGGCGUCAAGGUGGAGAAGUCCUUCACCUGUGUGCGCAAGCCGGCCCACGCGGCCUCCACUUCCUCUUCGGUGACCGUUUCCACGCCCAAGAGCGUCUAUAGCACUCCGAAGGGCGGUGUGCUCUCAGCACUGAACGAAGACAGUUGCAGUAGAGAUCUGAUGGACUUCUGCACGCCAUCUACUUCUACGAAGGCCAAGCGGGCUUCCUCCAUGUACUUGAUCGACUUGACCACCCCCUCGAAACUGCGGCCAACACCCAAACAGACGCCCAUCAGUGUGGACAGCACGGACGAAUCGUCCGAUGCAUCGCCACUGGUCAUUGACAUAACCAACUCCGCAACGCCACCGUCACCGGGCCCCUCACAACGCUACAAAACUCCCAAGCGGCCGGCUGGCAACACGGGCGCCACGCCAAAGCGAACACCGCAGUCCCUGAUGAAAAGGGCGCUGCUGACCAGUACCAAGAAGCAGAUCGCCGCCAACCAGACGGAUAAGACCACGCCAGUGGCCACCGCCAAGAGGCAAUCGCUGCUGGAGGCUCGUCGACAGUGCUUGUCCACGCCACGUCGCCUGCCAUUCCAUCCGCACAGGCGGACGCCAAUCCAACGGCCAGAAGAACAUGCGCGAGGCAAGGUGCCCAAAACCUCGCCACGCAGACGAAAAUCUCUGAUGGAGUCUCCCCGGGAGAACAAGGUCUCCCAGCUUCGAAAGUCAUUUGCGGCAUCUAAACGCAGUCCCGGCGUUGACAAGAGCAACAAGCUGGUGGCCAAGGCACGACGAGCGCUCAACUCGCCCAAGAGCGGAUCCCCCUUGCCGGGCUCACCCAAACCUUCAUCGCCUUGUCCGCGAAAAACAUUUAACGUUUCCCAAAUCAAGAGCUCCACACCUGAGAAACUAGAUGACUCAAAGGACGAGCUAAGCCGCACUUUUACCAUCAUGGAUGACACGCAGGGAAAGGAACGCAGUGCUGCAGGAGCGGUUAUUGAAGCGGUGGCUGCUCUCAUAACAGGCGAGGUAGAGGAUGAUGUGUCCUUCCAGCUGGGCUCCGUAUUUAAGACGAGUCCUUCUCUUAAUAAGUCAAAAGAACCUAUAUUGGUGGAACACAAAGUUGAGGCUACCAGGCCAUCAAAUGAGAAGGAUAUUGAUACAAAUUCUGCCGAGGAAAAGAUGAAUUCUAAGACAGAUGAUGCCAUAUUCAUUGAGAAUGAAUCUAAACUAGAGAAUGACUUGGAAACCGAUAAGGAUCAGGAAGAAACUAAAAGUCCCUCGAAUGCAAGUCUUCAAGACAAGGAACAACACGAAACUUUAAGCAUUCCUGUCAACGAAAAAGGUGAGGAGCCGAUCGACGAUAGCAUUUGCGAGGAGGUUCAUGCAAAUAUUCCCAAAGGAAGCGAUAUUGCUAAUCCUGAAAGCAUAAUUGAGGACAACAUUUGCGAAGAGGUGCCAUCGGACAGUAAAACUACUGGUGAAUCUAUUUCAAUUGGCGAGACCAAACAAAAGAUGAACGAACAAACUCCAAAUGUGAAUACCCCUGUGCUUCGACGGAGUUUGCGCCGCCUCUCUGUUGACCAGAAGGCAGUGGCUACAACGCCACGCAGGAGCACUCGGCGAUCGUCGAUGGAGGCCAGCAAUAAGCAGGUCUUGAAUGAAAACAAUAAGCGCUCACGCCGCGCUUCCUGCUCGGCGGUGGAGAGUCAGCCAGAUGUGGGUACUCCGCAGCGCAAGCGAAGACUCACGCAGGAAAUGUCGACACCAACGCGACAAUCGAAGCGUCUGCUAAACACGCCCAAGCGGGAACUUCAAGUGGACGAAUCUGUUGGCGACAUGGGAGUCAUUUUAGAAGAAGCUGGUCAAGAAGAUGAGGAGAAAUCUGCCAUCGCUGACGACGAGAAUUAUGGCAACGAACUGCCAGCCGAUGAAGUGGACAAGGUUGACUACCACGGCCUGAGGGAUUUGUUGAAAACACCCAAGAAUUGCAGCACACCGCGCUUCAAAGGACUGCGGGAAAUGAUGCGCACUCCGAAGAUUCCCGCCUCACCAAUUUUGAGCAACAUGGCCAAGCUGUUGGAAACUUCUGUGGGUAACACUCCUCACCACAAGAGCAGGAGCACGACAGUGGCUCGCGUGGAACAGGGAAAAGCACUGGACGGAAUUUUAAAGACGCCCAGCGCCAGGAAUAUAAUGGUGCCCAAUGAGCCAGCUAGCGCGGUAUUAAAGUCUCGCGUGGAUUCCUUGGCGGCGACCACUGAAUAUGAUCUGAACAUGACAAACACCACGUUGCAUCUGGACAAGAUAUUCGACGAUGUCCCCGAAACGAGUGGAGCCCAUUUGGAGGACACCGAAACCGAGAUAAAUGUGACUGCGCUCAGCACAGCGACGAGUGCGGAUCCCUUGGGUGCCUCAAAGCUAAAUGAAUCCGUAUCAUCCGAGGCUCUGAUGAGUGUCUGUCAUAAGGAUCAUAAGGAUCACAAGGAUCCUCUGACAAGCACCACAUACAAGGCAGCUUUGCAGGCCGAUCUCAAUCUAAGCGGCAUUACAGAUGCUGGCUCCAGGACGACCUCGCCAAACCCAAACGAGAUGAGUGGCAUACAGUUGUUGGACCAAACUUCCGACUCUAUGUUCUCCGAGGCUCUCGUGGUGUCGGCCGUGGACUCGUGCGACGUCACUGUUGAUGAGACGAAGGCUUCGGGGCAAACCAUUCAGCCUACGGAUAACAUUGAGGAUCGCUCGGACACGGACUCAAACGUUGGCCUUACCGAGCCCUUGGUGUUUAGUGAUGACGAGGAGCCAGAGGAUUCCGAAGUCUCUCCCAAAAAAUCGACUGAUUUCGGGGAACCAUCUGUAGCUUACAAACUAGAGGAAUCCGCUGAUUUGCCUGAAAACAAAUCUGCUAAAGACACAUCAAGUAUAAAUGAAAUAUCUCUGAUUGAAGUUGAAGAUACCACAUUAGAGGGCAGUACUAGCGAAGCAAAUGUACAAGGUGACAAAGAUCAAGACGAGAAAUCUCUGGAAAUUAAACUCGAUAUUUCCAAGGAUGAGGAGUCACCAGCUGAAGAAAAUAAUGAACCCCCAGCGGAGGAAUUGACUAUCAUAGAGUCUGAGAUAUUUCCUCUGGACUCAACUGCAGAUAGUUCCGUUAAUUCUUCCAAUGUUCUCAAUUGCAAUGAAGAGAAGAUUUUACCUAAAGUUGAUCCAAAACCAGACAAUUUAGAGUCGACGAAUCUUGAUGAUGGCGAAACAAAAGAAGUUUUAGUUGAAAAAGCUACAGAGAAAGGCGUUUCUCAUUUGGAUAAAUCAGUCAUCGAAACAUCACCUGCCGAAAAGACUACCGAAGCAGAAACCACUCAAGCGCCGAUUGAAGCCUCGUCUUCCAAAGGAGAAUCAACAGAAAUCAAAUCUGAUGUGGUGCCGACUGCUCAACCAGCCAUAGAAGUGCACACUGUUGCAGAAUCUGAUCAACCAGUCAUCGAAGCAACACUUUCCGAAGAACUCUCCGUUGAGAACCAAUCUGAUGAAGUACAUCUUUCAAAGAAAACUAAUCCUAAAGAACCCAUUGAAGAAGGGACUACUCAAUCAGUCAUCGAAACAUCAUCUGCCGAAGAAGUUUCAGAAAAAGGACAACCUGAAGAAGUGCCUACAGAUCCAGAAUCUAAUCAAAUUGCCAUCGAAACAUCACCUCCCAAACACCUUUCCGAAGAAAAUAUUCCUGACGAGGCUCCCACGCAUGGGGAAACUGAUCAAGAAGUCACACAAACUUCUCCUGCCGAGGAACUUCCUGAUAAAAUUGAGGAAUCCAAUCAACCUGUCAUCGAAACAUCACCUUCCGAACAACUUACCGAGGAAAACAAAACCAAUGAGGUGCCCAAAGAUAGUGAAACUGAACAGCAAGACAUCAAAACAGCAUCUGACGAGGAAAUUUUAGAAGAAGUCAAGCCUGAUGAGGUGUCUACUGAUGCAGAAUCUAAUGAACCUGUUGUUGUAACAUCGAGUCCCGAACCACUUUCCACAGAAAACAAACCAGAUGCAGAUGAGGUGCCCACCGCUGGAGAAACUGAUCAGGAAGUCAUCAAAGCAGACCCUUCACAGGAACAUUCAGAGGAAUCCAAGCCCGAUGAAGUGCCCACAGAUACAAAAUGUGAUCAAUCUGUUAUUGUUUCCAAGGAAAAUAAACCUGAUGGCGAAGCAGAUCAAAAGGUCAUUGAAACCUCUCCUGCGAAAGAUCUUUCAGAGGAAACCAAACUUAAUGAAUCCAUUGAUAAUAAACCUAAUCAUGCUGUCUUCGAAACAUCACAUGCCGAGAAACCUGCAGAAGAAGCCAAGACUAAUGAUCAUCACCAAACUGAUUCCAAAUCGAAUGAAUCCGUUAUCGAAACAUCACUUUCCAUACAACAGGAAGUCAUUGAAUCUCUCGAGGAACUUUCAGAAGAAGUUAAGGCUGAUGAGGUGUCCAGUAAAACAUCCAGUCCCAAUCAACUUUCCGAAGAAAAUCAACCAGAUGCAGAUGAGGUUCCCACUGAUGGUAAAACUGAUCAAGAAGUCAUCGAAACAUCACCUUCGAAUGAACCUUUGGGGGAAGCCAAACCUGAUGAGCCCUCUAAUCAAACAGUCAGCGAAACAUCACCGGCCGCGAGAAAUUCCACAGAAGCUUAUCUUCAUGAUGUGUCCACUGGCGAAGAAGCUGACCAACUAGUCAUCGAAACAUCACCAGCCGAAGAACUUCCGGAGGAACCCAAACCUGAUAUUGAAAAGAACAAUGACGCACCAACUGAAGAUACACCUAAAUCAAAGGAGCCACUUUCAUCUGGAAGCCCGAACAUCAACCAAAAUGUUGGUCAAGAUAAAAUUGAACCAUCACUUGCCGAAGAAAGUCCAGAUGAAGCCAAACCUGAUCUUAAAAAGCACAAUGAUGCACCAUCUGAAGAAACACCAAGUCAAGCAGAUAAGCCACUUUCAUCUGGAAGCCCAAACAUCAACCAAAAUGUAGCUCAAGAUACAAUUGAAAUCGUUGAUACUGGUGACAGUGCAGCUUUCGAUGAAGUCUCUGCUAUCGAUGGUGAUCAAUUUGAGGAUCAACAGACUACUCAAAUCGAAUCUGUGAUUAUUUCCUCUGACUCUGAAGACAAAGAAGAACUUUCGGCCGACUCAAAUGCAGCUAUGAAAGAAACUUCUGUUGAAUUGUCUUUCAACGCAACAAUUGAGAUCGAAGAUUCUGAAGAUGAGGAUCCGAAGCAGGAUGAUACACCAACGCGCCAAGUCGCCAAUGUUCCUGAGCAAAUUGAAGAUGAGCUGGGAGUGAAAACUGUUCCGGAAGCCGACUGUAUUGCUGAGCAAUCUUCUGAAAAAGUAGAACUUAAAAGUGAAAAGUCGUUGCCUACGGAUACAAGCGAAGCUUCUUCAAGUGAAGCCACAAAUGAAAGCCCGAAGGUCUCUCCUCAUAAUGAAAGUUCGCAUAAUGAAGAAUUCUCCAUGGUGCAUGAAAAUGAAGUUUCUUCCAUGAAGGAAUCUUCAAAGGAAGUGAAAACUGCGGAUAAGAAAGACGAAGAAGUAUCCAAUGAAAACGGUAAUGUUCCGAGCUUAAUGGUUCAGACUCCGCUGGAUAAAACAUCACAAGAGACUGAUCAGAAUAAUGAAGUGUCUGUUCUGGAAGAAUCAAGUAGAUCCAGCAAAACCAAGGAAGAUACACCCGUGGAUACAGAAAAAACUGAGGAAUGCCAACAUAUAAAGACCUCUGAUCAGGAAAUUGACGAUGAAGUGAUUCAGUUGGAUGCCUCGAGCAUAGAAAAUACACUAGAUGAAAGUUCCACCACCGAUCAUCACAAAGAGGAUUCAAUUUUGGACAAAACAAAGGAAGGUACGACCGUUGAUGAAAAGGAAACCUCGCAUUGUCGAGAUGAGAGUUCAUUUAUUGAAGAUGGCGAAACCAAUAAGCCCAAAGAAUCAUCUGUUUUCGAAGAAACCAAGGAAGAUAAGGAGUUAGACAAAGAGGAAACUGAGAAAUAUAAUCAUAACGAACCUGACGAUGAAGUAAUUCAGUUGGAUGCCUCAAGCAUUGUUGAGGAAACUCCACUGAAUGAAAGUUCAUCGAUUGAAGACUCCAUUGGUGAUUCUAUUCAGGAGGACAGCGCUAAACAAGUUAAGGAUAUACUUGAAGAGAAAGAGUCAUUUAAUCAAAACGGCGUUGAAGAUGAGGUGAUUCAUGAAAAUUCCCUUAUCGAAGAUUUCAUCACUGAUCACCCAAGCAAUGUUCCUCUUUCGCCGGAAUCAUCGUGUCUCGACCAAACUAAGAAAACAUUAUCAACGGAUAAAAAUCAAAUGGAUGGAGAAAAAGUAGAAAAUGAUCAGGCUGCAGAAGCGACAUUAGAUAAAUCUUCGGACAAUCAAGAAGUCAAGGCUCUGGAUCAAAAUAUUUCUCCACAAACCGAAGAGUUACCCGACCAGCAAAAGUCCUUGGAUAAUAACAUCCUGCAAGAGUCCUCCGAGAAAGAUAUGUCUCCCAAUACUUCAUCUGUAAUCACGGAAUUCUCUGGACCCCACAAACUGGAAGCAGAAAAAUAUAAACAGUCGAAAGAAAUUUCAAUAGACAUCACAUCUGCACCACCAGUAAUACUAAAUGCAUCAAGCUCCAAUGGCUCAGAAACUACAGCUGAAUUUGAGGCUUCAUCAUCACUCGCUGACAAACUUCCUAUCCAUGAAUCUGCGAACAAACCUGAAGUUCAUCUUCAAGACGUAUCUAGUGCAAUAUGUGAAGAGCAGGAAGCUCCAACUAAAGUACAGGAUGUUGUAAAGGAAGACAUUUCGAAAACAUCUUCAGGUGCAAACGAAUCAGAUUUGCAUGACGAUCCGAAAUCCAUCUCUAAAAGCAUUAAUUCAUCGCGCGAUGAGGCUCAAAUAGCUGUCCAAAAUGAGUCAAUAAUUGACUUGGAUGCCUCAAAUGAUGGAAAAGAUGAUGAAGAAGAUGUUGAAUUCAUAUCAGAACAAGAAAAGAUGAUUGUCCCCAGUACGGAGGAAGUAACAAAGCAAGGCGAGCAACCGGCUAAAGUUGAAGUUUCCGAACAGAUUGAUAUUAUUGACUUAGAUGAUUCCAGUUCUAGCGCCCAGGGAACUGAAACAACAGACGUCGAAGCUCCUUCAGUUACACCUCAAGAAGAAAAAGAACCGGUUGUAUCUAAUAUUUCUGAUUCAAAGGAACCUCGGACAUCAGUUGAGCCGGUUAAAGUGGACGCCGUUCAACCAGCGCCGGCUGAAGAAUCUCUUAACGCCCCUAAAAAUAGUUAUAUUCAGGAAAUUCUUGUCGGUCCAGCCCCUACCGAAGAAAAACCAGAAGUUUUACAGGAUCUUUCUGCGUCCACGGAUGAUGUCAAACCAAGUCAAACCAAUUCAGAGGAAAAACCAAUUGAGGAGUCUGCUCAAAAUACGACAAAAGAAGAAAUUGACUUACAAAAUAAAAACGAGGAGCAGCCAAUUUCCGAAACAGACUCACCACUUCAGUCAACGAAGAUGCCUUGCGAGCCAUUAAUUCAUGAAAAGAAGUCACCGGUUGAAGGAGUAUCUACGCCACUAAAGCGAGUGACUAGGAAGGGAUCGGCUUCCUCUGAUAGACCUGCAGAAGCUGGCGUGUCUGAACGGCCAAAGAGGCUGGCAAGGAAGCCAUCUGCUGAAGUUUCGGAAAUCGAAGACCGUGCUGUGGAUAACAAGCAAGCGGAUGAUGCCCACGUUAAGCCCAAGAGCCGAGCCAGAAAACCAUCAGCAGAUGUAGAUGACGACAAACAAGAAGCCAUUACUGAGAGAAGAAGAGGACGAAAACGUACUCCAUCAGUAGAAGUUCCUGAAACUACGGCACAGACCCAAUUGAAAGCCAAUGAAGAAGACCCGAAACCCGAAGAAGCUUUGCAACCCAUCCUAGAAGAAGAGCCGGAGCCAACAGUUGAGGAGAAGGACUCAAAGGCGGAGCAGGAAACCAAUCAGAGGGAAAUCACCGUAGAAAAACCCAAGAGACGUGGAAGGAAGGCCUCUGCCAAAGAAACGGAAGCCACAUUGAACACUGAAGAAAGGACGAAACAUGUUUUCGAGGCCCUCAACGAAGAUAAAAGUGAGGAGCCUGAAGAGCCGACUGUAUCAAAGGAGGAAACCAAGUCAGGAGUUGAGGAAAAACAGGAUGAGUCAAACCAGAAGGAGCUCACCUUAGACAAGCCUAAAAGACGUGGACGAAAGGCUUCUGCAAAAGAAACCGACACCGAGUUGGAGAAGAAAGAAAAGGUCGAAGAUCUCUUGGAGGCUGUCAACGAAGAUGGAACUCAAGAACAGAAGCCUGUUGAGGAAUCGCAUACUUCUAAUAAGGCGAAUGAGAAGGUUGAAUCAGAGGAAACCAUCAUUGAAAAACCAAAAAGACGAGGACGCAAGGCAUCUGCAAAAGAAACAGAAACUUCUUCAGACCAGAAAGAAAAGCCUGAAGAAGACGAAGCGCCGCACUCCAAUCAAGAUAAUGCGGAUCAUUCUGAGGAAAAGGCGCCUCAAGAUGCAUUACUCGAAUCCAAGGAAGAGCAAGAAAUAACGGCAGAGACUGAAACUAGUGCCCACCCAGCCAAGUCAAGUCGGAGAGCACGAAAAGCAUCUCCAGAAGACUUAAGUAACGUACCAGACAAGAAGCACAAACAUGAGGACCAGCAACCUAUUGAAAAACCAGAUGAUGAGUCAAAGGACGCAGGUAAAGCGCGCGAUGAGCGGCCGAAGCGAAGGGGUCGUAAGCCAUCAGCAGAGGUGGUAGAAACUGAAGCUACCGUUCAAGAAGGUCAGUUAGAUGACCAAAAUAUGCCCCAACCGAGAGCGCGCAGAUCAGCGGAAAAUAUUCCUGCCAUUGUCCAGGAACCAGCUAAGGAUGAACACAUUGAAAAACCCAAGCGUCGGGGACGCAAGCCUUCCGUGGACGUUGAUCAUGUAGCCCAAGAAGUUGCAGGGAAGCCCAGGCGAAGGGGCAGAACACCAGCCGGAGAAGAGAAGCAGGAGCCACCAUUGCAGGCUGCGGAGCCUGAGAAAAAGACCAGGCGCAAUGCUCGCAAAGCUUCGGCUGAAACUGUAGAGACGGUAGUGGCAAGCGAGGAUGCGCAUCUUCAGCAAAUCGAAGAGGCAGCCGAACCGGUUUCGGAAUCUGAAGCCUCGCCAGCUAAGCCUCCGCCAAAGGAAGAGGAGCAAGAGGAGCACAAAACGCGGCGACGCGGUCGCAAGCCCACGGCGGAGACGAUUGAGGUGCCGCUGAUGAAAACGAGCUCGCCAGAGAAAUCCGACGAGAUUCCCUCCCACUCACGCAGGCGUGGGCGCAAGGCCACCGAGGAUGAAGCGGCCGCAACCGUGGAGAUAGCGGAAAUCCCUUCGGAGUCUCAAACCGAGGCAAAGCCAACGCGACGCGGCAGGAAGCCAAGUGCUGAUGUGGAAGCACCGGAGAAGAAGCCACCAGCACGACGCGUUCGCAAAGCCUCAGCGAAUGUGGAUGAGGGAACGCCGGUGGCAAAGAAAGCGGCAACUCGACGCGGUCGCAAGGAGGAGACUCCUGCGGACGAGGAUAAGAAGCACAUCGAUUUACAGGAACUGCCAGCGGCCAGUGUUUCGGCCACCGUAAUCACCUCGGCCUCGCCGACAAAAACAGGCGACGCAGAAGAACUUACACCAAGGCGCCGAGAGGGACGCAACCUGCCGCGUAAAAACUACGAGGAGGCGCCAGACGAUGACAAGCCGCAGUCUGCCCAGCGACGGGCUCGCAAGCCGGCGGCCAGCAAGGCGGUGGCCAGUAAGGCGCCGGAGCCAGAGGCACUUAUAGCCACGCCCGUAGCCAAACCACCGCCAGUUGAAAUAGAAGCCACGCCCGAGAACACGGUGGUCAUGCCGGAGCCCACCACCUCGCAGCGACGCGAGGGACGGAAUCUGCCGCGCAAGAACUACACGGAGGCGCCGGACGACGACAAACCCACAUCGUCUCGCGGUCGUCGGGUGCGCAAUCUGACUGCCAAGGCCCUGGAAUUGAUUGUGGACUCCUCGCCGCGUCCAGCGACUCCAAAGAGGCCGAAGGCGAAGGCGGUGGAGGAUGAGGAGCCAGCGGCAAAGAAGGCGACCCCGGAGAUACCACCACCCGAAGAUGAGCUGGCGCCCGCGGCCAAGGGGCGCGGCACUCGCCGAAAGGUCGAGCACAGCGAAUCGGAGGAGUUGCCGGUUAAGAAGAACGUUCGCGCGGCGGCACGCAAAGGGAAAGUCGAGGCUGAACUGGAGGAACAUCAUCCGCCCGUCAAGAAGGCGCGGGGCGGAGCACGGGCCAAAACACCUGUGGAGGAGUCUGCGGAGGAGGAGCCGCUCAAGAAGCCCGCCGCUCGCAGUCGAGCACGCGGCGCCAAGGCAGCAGAGCCGGAACAGCCCGCCGAGGAUGUCCAGGACCAAGAUGCCACCACAUCCACAUCCGCGGCGACAGGGCGAGGUGGACGAGGCAGGAAAGUGCACUUCGAGGCGGCGCCCGAGGUCGCCACCACUAGUGAGGAUGCGCCAAAGCGGGCGACUCGAUCGCGCCGGAAGUAAAGUCUAUCAAUUUCAUUCAAAAGCUUGAAUUACUUUGUAUAAUUUUUUUGGUUAUUCUAUAAUUUUGCAUAUUUUCUUUUUUACGUUACUGACUUCUGUAUAAAAAGUUUGCAUUUAUCCAUUAAUCAAGGCACGAUAAUAUUUAAGUUCUCUUGUUAAUCCCCCAUUUCGGUGGGUUUUAUUUUUUGGGAUGGCUCCCCUUGCUCAGUAAAAAUCUAACCUUAAUAGGCUUAAGGCAUUAAACAUUAUUAAGAUAUAUAAAUACCUUUUAAGACACUAUCAAACAUCCAAACAACAAAUAAUAAAGAUUCGUAAACCUAU